AUGCCCAUGCCCUCCUCGUCGGGUCGCAGGAAUAGCAAUAGUAACAACUACACCACCUCGCUCGCGUAUGGGACUAUCACGCUACCAAAAACCAUGAGUAACAAGAGUCUUGAUGGGAUUGGGCAUGUCGUCACCGACUUAUCCAACCUCAACGUCAGGACCCGUUCGUCAUCCAACGCAGCAUCUGGUACGGCCACAGCAACGUCAACGACCGGGGGGGCAGGAACAACGACUAUCCCCAUGGCACCUAUUAUAUCAGCGAUCCAGCGAGGCAACUUUUUGGCGCUCUCAGAACCCAUCCUCAACAUCCUCCUCGUCUCCAUGGCCGGCAAGAACUCGACUGCGCUGGAGACCAUCAACAUCAGCGGGGCAGCCAUCUCGGCGGCGGAUGCGAAACUCCUAGCGAGGCUGAUUCGAUCCUCGGAGGCGGCAAAUAUCAAGAUCCUCAAGCUGGCCCAGAAUGCGAUCAGCCAACAGGCGCUCAAGUACAUCUUUGAGGCAUGGAAGUAUAAUCAGACGAUUACGGUGCUCUCGCUCGCUCGGUCGGGGAUUAAUGACAAGACUGUCAAGUAUGUCGCCAAGAUGUUGGGCAAGAAUGGGACGCUUCAGGAGCUGGAUUUGUCAAAUAACAGGAUUACAGCCCCUGGGAUGGAGCUCCUUGCGGAGGAGUUGUUCUAUAACCGGGCGUUAGUUCGACUUUGUCUCCAGUCCAAUAAUAUCAAGCUGGCGGGGGCACCCUUCCUGGCGCAGCUGCUAACCAAGAACAGGGUGCUUCGGCAUCUGAACGUGGGGUCGAAUGGGUUGGUCCCUGAGGGCUGUAUCAUGGUUGCUGAUGCGGUCCGGUUCAACAGGACGCUCAACUCGCUGAGUUUGGAUAUGAACGAGAUGGGGCCUAAAGGUGCGACAUCUAUGGCUGCAGCCCUGGUUUCGAACCGACACUUGACCUACCUCUACUUGCCCCACAACAACAUUGGCGACGAAGGACUGGUGGAGAUUUGUGAGAGUCUGAAGCGUAACAAGUCGUUGAUCAGUCUGGAUCUGGAGCUGAACAAUAUUGGGAAUGGGCAGAUUGUUGUGGGUAUGGCGGCGUUGGGCGAGGUUCUCAGGACCAACCGGACGCUGCGGGAGAUCAACUUGGCCUACAACCUGUUUUCGGGAGACGCGGUCAGCGAGUUGAUGAAGGGCGUGGCUAUGAACUCGACACUAGAGAGCAUCAACUUCACCAACUGUGGGAUCUCGACCGAGGGAGCGUUGGCGAUUGCAGAGGUCUUGCCGUCGGCCAGGGGGCUCCAGAAUCUGGGGUUGACGUCGAACCCGGAUAUUGCGGUGGAGGGGUACUGGGCUCUGUCGAACAAUUUGGCCAAGAACCACUCGAUGAAGGGAAUCCAGUUGGAUUACAACUCAGAGGAUCGACAUGUGUUGUAUGAGGCGAUUCAGCAUCUGUUGACGAGGAACUUUAUUUGGCAGCAGGCGAUCUAUGCAGCGGCGUGCAGGAUUUUGGUCUUGUCGCGGGUGGUCUUGUUGGGUCGCCCAGCCAAUCAGAGGUUGCUUCAGACGCAGAUACAGCAACAGCAACAGCAACAAGCGUCGCAGAGUAAAAGUGCGUGGAGUCUGCUGAAGAAGAAGGUCGGCCUGGUCAGGACUAACUCGUCAAACUCGUACUCAUCGCUCAGCAAGCUUCGUUCGAGUCAUGACGUCCAUGGCAGCGGUAACGCAUCUCCAUUGUUGCUGGCGGUCGGGAAUAUGAGUCGAGUGGCACCAGAAGUAGCGGUAUCACAGGACGAGCGCGAAGCAGGAUCGGGAUCUUUCCAGAAUCUCGCCCAUGGGAAUCGCCCCUCCACGUCAGUCUCAUUGAGUACACCUGGUCUUGGACUCGACCUAGAUCUUGGAGAAGGGCUUGGACUCGGCAGCAGUAACAGUAGCAGUAACAUUAGUAUCCGACGAGACCACCUCCCUUAUUACCAACAACAACCAAUCCAAGGCCUCCUCCUCGGCGGAUCAUCGUCCCCCACACCCUCAACAAAAGGAUGCCCCUCGUCCACAACGUCGACAAUCUCCACCGCCUACCCCGCGGUCAUCGUCACUGAGGAAUCCCCUUACAACGCGCACAAGGUCCUGGCGAACCUCGCCAACAUGCCGUACGAGAUCUUCGAGGCGAUUUGCGCAUAUCUGGACCCGGGGCAUACAAUGAUGAUAGGUCAGAUCCGGGCGACGAUCCAGGUUGCGGGGGAUCGAUCGACACUUGCAGCGGCUGGCGGGUAUUAUACUAAGGAAUUGAUGUUGGAGCGGAUCUUUGAGAGCCGGUAUAUUUCGCCGUUUGGGAUGCGGUAUGGGCUCAAGAAUGGCGAUGAGCGGCUCUGA